AUGGUUUCAUAAAUUCGCAAGCCCAUCAAAUAUAUAUGUGCUAUUAUGAAUUUCUUGUAUUCAUUUAUGGAGGAUCCUAGCGGGAAAGUGGGUGUUUCUCUGUCCAAGGAGUUGAUGGCUGUGGCCGGUGAUGCCUUAAAGGCCAAUAUCACAACGUUGUGCCCUCUUAUGCUACCCAUGUCUGAACAAUUGCUCUUCUUCACUACAUUGGUAGGGAGAAAGUUGUUGAAGAUAAAGCUGAAGCCAUACAUCCCGGAUUUCAAACUGGCCUUUGAACAUUUCUGCAUCCAUGCCGGUGGAAGGGCUGUGCUCGAUGAACUGGAGAAGAAUCUUCAGCUAUCUGAUUGGCACAUGGAACCUUCACGAAUGACUCUUUAUAGGUUUGGAAACACUUCUAGCAGCUCUCUCUGGUACGAACUGGCAUAUUCAGAAGCCAAGGGAAGGAUCAAGAGGGGAGACAGGACAUGGCAGAUCGCCUUCGGGUCUGGUUUCAAAUGUAACAGCGCUGUGUGGAAAGCCCUCAGGACUAUCAAUCCAGCCAAGGAGAAGAGCCCGUGGAUUAAUGAAAUCGACCAGUUGCUAGUAUAUGAUUCUUAUUCCUUCUUCAAGCGUGCAGCGAGCUACAACCUAUUGGUGAGCUAA